CAUGCCCUCUGUCCUGUGGCUGGAAGCCAUCUACAUUUUCCUGUUUGCUGGAGUGCCCCCAUCCCUCCCUCUUCAGGAAGUCCAAGUAAGCAGGGAGACCCUUGGGAAGAUUUCAGCCGCCAGCAAAAUUAUGUGGUGCUCAGCUGCGGUGGAUGUCCUGUUUUUGAUAGAUGGCUCUCACAGCAUCGGGAAAGGGAGCUUUGAAAGGGCCAAGCACUUUGCCAUCACAGUCUGUGACGCGCUGGACAUCAACCCUGAGAGGGUCAGGGUGGGAGCGGUCCAGUUCAGUUCUGCUCCUUGGCUGGAAUUCCCCUUGGACGCAUUGUCCACCCAACAGGAAGUGAAGACAGAACUCAAGAGGAUGGUUUUCAAAGGAGGACGCACAGAGACAGGCCUCGCUCUGAAAUACUUUCUGCGCCAAGGGCUCCCCGGGGGCAGAAAUGCCUCUGUGCCCCAGGUCCUCAUCAUCAUCACUGACGGGAGGUCCCAAGGACAUGUGGCAUUGCCGGCCAAGCAGCUGCAGGAAAGAGGUGUCACUGUGUUUGCCGUGGGGGUGCGCUUUCCCAGGUGGGAGGAGCUGCACACGCUGGCCAGCGAGCCCCAGGAGCAGCACGUGCUGAUGGCCGAGCCGGUGGAGGACGCCGCCAACGGCCUCUUCAGCACCCUCAGCGGCUCCGGCAUCUGCACCGCCGCCUCUCCAGACUGCAAGGUGCAGCCUCACCCCUGUGAGCGCAAGACCCUGGAGACGGUCAGGGAGCUGGUCGGCAACACCAUGUGCUGGAGAGGAUCUCGGGGGACUGACGGCGUUCUGGCUGCACUCUGUCCCUUCUCCAGCUGGAAGAGAGUGUUCUUAACCCACCCUGCCACCUGCUACAGGACCACCUGCCCAGGCCCCUGUGACUCGCAGCCUUGCCAGAAUGGAGGCACGUGUGUCCCAGAGGGGCUGGGCGGGUACCACUGCCUCUGCCCGCCAGCCUUCAGAGGGGAGGCUAACUGUGCCCCGACGCUGAGCCUGGAGUGCAGAACCGACGUCCUCUUCCUACUGGCCAGCUCGGCGGGCACCACGCUGGAGGGCUUCCUGCGGGCCAAGGCCUUUGUGAAGCGGUUUGUGCAGGCGUCGCUGAGUGAGGACUCGCGGGCCCUGGUGGGUGUGGCCUGGUACAGCAGGGAGCUGGUGCUGGCAGUGCCCGUGGGCGAGUACCAGGAUGUGCCCCACCUGGUCCGGAGCCUUGAUGCCGUCCCCUUCAGCGGAGGCGCCACCUUGACGGGCAGUGCCCUGCGGCAGGCGGCGGAGCGCGGCUUUGGGAGCGCCAGCAGGACAGGCCAGGACCGUCCUCGCAGGGUGGUCGUCCUGCUCACCGAGUCGCGCUCCCAGGACGAGGUGGCUGGCCCGGCGCAGCACGCGAGGACCCGAGGUCUGUUCCUGCUGGGCGUGGGCACUGAGGCCGUGCGGGCAGAGCUGGAGGAGGUCACGGGCAGCCCCGAGCACGUCAUGGUCUACGCCGACCCGCAGGACCUGUUCAACCAGAUCCCGGAGCUGCAGGGGAAGCUGUGCAGCCGGCCUCGGCCAGGCUGCCAGGCACAGUCCCUGGACCUGGUCUUCAUGUUGGACGCCUCGGCCUCAGUAGGGCCUGAGAAUUUCGCCCAGAUGCAGAGCUUCGUGCGAAGCUGCACCCUCCAGUUCGACGUGAACCCCGAUGUGACCCAGAUUGGCCUGGUGGUGUACGGCAGCCAGGUCCAGACAGCCUUCGGGCUGGACACGCACAUCACACGUCCCGCAGUGCUGCGGGCCAUGAGCCAGGCCCCCUACCUGGGUGGGGUGGGCUCCGCAGGCACGGCCUUGCUGCAUAUUUAUGACAAGGUGAUGACCGUCCAGAGGGGCGCCCGGCCUGGCGUCCCCAAGGCUGUGGUGGUGCUCACCGGGGGGAGGGGGGCAGAGGAUGCGGCUGUCCCUGCCCAGAAGCUGAGGAACAACGGGGUCUCUGUCUUGGUGGUGGGUGUGGGGCCUGUCCUGAGGGAGGCCCUGCGGAGGCUUGCCGGUCCCCAGGACUCUCUGAUCCACGUGGCGGCCUACGCAGACCUGAGGUUCCACCAGGACGCGCUCAUCGGGUGGCUCUGUGGAGAAGCCAGUCAGCCCGUCAACCUCUGCAAACCCAGCCCGUGCAUGAACGAGGGCACCUGUGUCCUGCGGAACGGGAGUUACCUCUGCACCUGCCGAGGCGGCUGGGAGGGCCCCCACUGCGAGAACCGGGUCCUGAGAGGAGAUGCCCUCAGGGCACGAAGCUCCCGCCAACAGCCUGCAGGGGGGCCGCAGCCCCGCCCGACCCAGCAGCUCCGGAGAGGGGGGCACCCUGGGCGCUGA